AUGCAGCUGUUGGGGCUCCUCAGCAUCCUCUGGAUGCUCAAGGCCUCCCCAGGGGCCACAGGAACUUUAUCCACGGCCACAUCCACCUCUCAUGUGACUUUCCCCAGGGAGGAAGCAACCCGCGAUGCCCUCAGCAAUUCUCCACACUCCAGAAACCUGGCUGAGUGGCCACAAGGUGUCCCCCAUCUCACCUCUCCUGCUCCCGGCCACAGGGAAAAUGCACCUAUGACGCUCACUACCUCCCCCCAUGACACACUCAUCUCUGAAACAUUGCUCACCUCUCCAGUCAGUUCCAACACCUCAACCACCCCAACGUCCAAGUUUGCCUUCAAGGUUGAAACCACUCCACCCACUGUGUUGGUCUAUUCCGCCACCACUGAGUGCGUGUAUCCAACGAGCUUUAUAAUCACCAUCUCCCACCCCACCUCCAUCUGUGUGACCACGACACAGGUGGCCUUCACUAGCUCUUACACCCCCACUCCCGUGACACAGAAGCCAGUGACCACCAUCACCAGGACUUACCCUAUGACCUCUACUGAGAAAGGAACGUCAGCCGUGACAUCUUCUCCCUCUACCACCACUGCAAGGGAAACUCCCAUAGUGACAGUGACACCCUCCUCCUCUGUGUCAGCCACAGACACAACCUUCCACACUACAAUCUCCUCUACAACUAGAACCACAGAAAGGACUCCCUUGCCCACUGGAAGCAUCCAUACGACCAUGUCCCCAACCCCAGUAUUUACUAGUCUCAAAACAGCAGUGACUUCCACUUUCCCCAUCACUUCCACCAUCACUUCCACAAAUACAGUGACUUCUAUGACAAUGACAACCUCCCGGCCCACAGCCACUAAUACAUUAUCAUCACUCACCAGUAGCAUUUUAUCUUCCACACCUGUCCCAAACACAGAAGUGAUCACCAGUCAUACCACAACCACCACCCCACCAUCUACCUUGGUGACCACACUCCCCGCUACCAUCACCAGGUGUAUACCUACAUCUGAGACGACUCCUACUACAAACUUGGGAAACACCACCACUGAGACCACCUCCCACAGUACUCCCAGCUUCACUUCUUCAGCCAUCUACUCCACCGUCAACAUAUCCACAACUACCAUCUCCUCACUUCCCCCUUCCUCAGGUACCAUGGUGACAUCCACAACCAGGACCCCAUCUUCUCUGAGUACAGACAUGUCUACCACCACACUGAAAAAUAUCACCCAGCCUUCUGUGGGCUGUACUGGUUUCCUGACUACAGCUACAGACCUCACCUCAACAUUCACUGUUUCCAGUUCCUCAGCAAUGUCCACAAGUGUCACUCUAUCUUCCCCCAGCAUCCAGAAUAAAGAAAUCUCAACACUUGUGAGUACAACCACUACCACCAGUCCCACUGAGAGAAUGACUCUCACAAGUAUAGAUAAUAACCCGACAAGUUAUGUCCUGACCACCUGUCCAGUGACAUACUCAUUUUCCCCUUCCACAUCUGCCAGCAGUGACUGGACCACUGACACAGAGAGCAUCUCCUCAGCUCCAGCCAUCACCAGUACACUCCACACAACAGCUGAAUCCACCCUGGCACCCACUACUACCAACUCAUUCACAACAUCCGCAAACAUGGAACCACCUUCUACCACUGUAGCAACUGCAGGCACAGGUCAGACCACCUUCACCAGCUCUACAGCCACAUUCCUUGAGACCACCACACUGACUCCUACAAUUGACAUGUCCACAGAAUCUUUUAUGACACCAAUGAUUUCUACUACCCCCAUCACCUCUUCAAUCACUCUCAGAAAUACAGUGACUUCUAUGACAACUGCCGCCUCCUGGCCCACAACAACGAAUACGUUCUCAUCACUCACCAGUAGCAUUUUAUCUUCCGCACCUGUCCCGAGCAUAGACGUGAUCACCAGUCAAACCGCAAACACCACACCUCCAUCUACCUUGGUGACAACACUCCCAACUACCAUCACCACGUCCACACCUACAUCUGAGACAACCUAUUCUACUUCUCCCACUAGCGCUGUCACAGACUCCACCACCGAAACCACCUACUCCACAAGUAUAUCUGGUACAUUGUCUACUGAGAUUUCUCUCCCAGCCACUACUUCCUCUCUCAUAACCAAAGGAACAUCCACGAUUUCUACCAGAAACUUGGUAACAACCACUAAUGAGACCACCUCUCACAGUACUUCCAGCUUCACUUCAACCAUCCACUCCAUGAUCAGCACAUCCACAACUGCCAUCUCCUCAGUUCCCACUACCUCAAGUCCCAUGGUGACUUCCACAACCAUGACCCCAUCUUCUCUGACUGCAGACAUCCCUACCACCACACUGACAACUAUCACCCAGCCUUCAGUGGGGUCUACUGUUUUCCUGACUACAGCAACAGACCUCACCUCAACAUUCACUGUUUCCAGUUCCUCAGCAAUGUCUGCAAGUGUCAUUCCAUCUUCCCCCAACAUCCAGAAUAGAGAAACCUCAACCCCUGUGACUACAACCGCUGCUAUCAGUCCCACUGGGAGAACGACACUCAUAAGUACAACGAAGACCUUGAGAAGUUCAGCCCUGACAAGCUUUCCAGUGACAUACCCAUUUUCCUCUUCCAAGUCUGUCAGCAGUGACUUGACCACUGACAUGGAGAGCAUCUCCUCACUUCCAACCAUCACCAGUACACUCCAUACAACAGCUGAAUCCACCCCGGGACCCACUUCCACCACACCAUUCAGGACAUCUGCAACCAUGGAACCACCUUCAUCCAGUGUAGCAACUACAGGCACAGGUCAGACCACCUUGAUCAGCUCUACAGCCACAUUCCCUGAGACCAUCACACUGACUCCUACCACGAACACGUCCAGAGAGUCUCUCAUGACAGCAAUGACUUCUACUACCCCCAUCACUUCUGCAAUCACUCCCGCAAAUACAGUGACUUCUAUGACAACUAUGACCUCUCCUCCCACAAAAACCAAUUCUUUUACAUCACUGACCAGUAAGAUUCUGUCUUCCACACCUGUCCCAAGCACAGAAACAAUCACCAGUGGCACCACAAACACAAUCCCUCCAUCUAGCUUGAUAACUACACUCCCCAGACCAAAUGCCUCAUCUAAGCCUACAUCUGAGACCACCUACCCUGAUUCUCCGACUGGUCCUGUUACAAACUCCACGACCAAGAUCACUUAUCCCACCACUAUGACAGAGACAUCAUCUAAUGCCACCUCUCUUCCCCCCAACUCUCCUUCAAUUUCAACCACAGAAACAAUCAAAAGACCUACCACAAACUUGGUAACAAGUGCCACCGAGACCACCUCACAUACUACCACCAGCUCCAUUUCUACAACCAUCUACUCCACAGCCAACACAUACACAACUGCCAUCACCUCAUUUCCCACUACCUUGGGUACCACGGUGAUGUCUAUAUCCAUGACCCCACCUACACUGAAUACAAGUAUCCCUGCGUCACAACCAAAGACCACCACUUCCUUAUCUGGGGGCAUCACUGGUUCAUUACCUAUGAUGACAGACCUUACCUCAGGGUACACCUUCUCCAGUAUGUCUGCAAUUCCCUCAACCGUCAUUCCCACAUCUCCCACUGUCCAGAAUACAGAAACCUCAAUCUUUGUCAGCAUGACCUCUGCCACCACUCCCAGUGGGAGACCAACUUUCACAAGUACGGAGAACACUCCAUCAAGGUCUCUCCUGACAAGCUUUCCAACGACACAUUCAUUCUCUUCUUCCAUGUCUGAGAGCAGUGCUGGGACCACUCACACAGAGAGUAUCUCCUCACCUCCAGCCACCACCAGUACACUCCACACAACAGCUGAAUCCACCCCAUCGCCCACUACCACCAGCUCAUUCAUCACAUCCACAACUACGGAACCACUUUCAACCACUGUAGCAAUGACAGGCACAGUUAAGACCACCAUCACUAGCUCCACAGCCACAUUCUGGGAGAACACCACACUGACUUCUACAACUGACAUGUCCACAGAAUCUCUCAUGACUGCAAUGACUUCUACUACCCGACUCACUUCUGCAAUCACUUCCAAGACUACAUUGACUUCUUUGAAGACUACUGCCUCCCAGCCCACAGCCAAUAGUACGUUAUCAUCACUCACCGCUAGCAUUUUGUCUUCCACACCUGUCCCCAGCACAGAAGUGAUCACUAAUCACACCACAAACCUUACCCGUUCAUCUCCCUUGGUUGCCACACUCCCUACUACCAUCACCAGGUCUACACCUACAUCAGAGACCACCUACCUUACUUCUUCUACCAGCACAGUGACAGGCUCCAUGACCGACAUCAAGUAUUCCACAAGUAUGACAGGUACAUUGUCCACGGAGACUUCUCUCCCACCCACCUUUUCCUCUCUCCCAACCACAGAAACAGCCAUGACUCCUACCACAAAUUUGGUAACCACCGAGAUAACAUCCCAGAGUACUCCCAGCUUGUCUUCUUCAACCAUCCACUCCACAGUCAGCACAUCCACAACUGUCAUCUCCUCAGGUCCCCCUACCUCAGGUACCAUAGUGACUUCCAUAACCAUGACCCCAUCUUCUCUGAGUACAGACAUCCCUUUGACAACACUAAAAACUAUCACUCACCAUUCUGUGGGCUCUACUGAAUCCUUGCUUACAGCAACAGACCGCACAUCAACAUUCACUGUUUCCAGUUCCUCAGCAAUGUCUACAAGUGACAUCCCAUCUUCCCCCAGCAUCCAGAAUAUAGAAACCUCAUCCCUUGUCAGCAUGACCUCUGCCACCAUUCCCAGUAUGAGACCAACAUUUGUAAGUACACACAGCAGUCCUACAAGUCCCCUCCUGACGACCUUCCCAGAAACAUAUUCAUUUUUCCCUUCCAUGUCUGCCAGCAGUGACGGGACCACUCACACAGAGAGUAUCUCCUCACCUCCAGCCAGCACCAGUACACUCCACACAACAGCUGAAUACACCCCGGCACCCACUAUCACCACCUCAUUCACAACUUCCACAACUAUGGAACCACCUUUAUCCACUGUAGCAACUAGAAGCACAGGUCAGACCACCUUCACCAGCCCUAUAGCCACAUUCUCUGGGACCACCACACUGACUCCUACCACUGACAUUUCUACAGAAUCUCUGACAACAGCCAUGACUUCUCCUCCCAACACUUUAUCAGUCACUUCCACAAAUACAGUGACUUCUAUGACAACUACGACCUCUCCUCACACAACCACCCAUUCUUUUACAUCACUGACCAGUAUGACUCUGUCUUCUACACCUGUCCCAAGCACAGAAGCAAUCACCAGUGGCAUCACAAACACAAUCCCUGCAUCUACCUUGGUGACCGCACUCCCCACUCCAAAUGCCUCGUCUACGACUACAUUUGUGACCAGUUAUCCUAAUUCUCCAACUGGUCCUGGUACAAACUCCACGGCUGAAAUCACCUAUCCCAUCACUAUGAAAGAGACAUCAUCCAGUGCCACCUCUCUUCCACUCAUCUCUCCUUCGGUCUCGACUGCAGAAACAGCCAAAACUCCUACCACAAUCUUGGUAACCACCACCACCAAGACCACCUCACAUAGUACCACCAGCUUCACUUCUUCAACCAUUUACUCCACAGCCAGCACAUACACAACUGCCAUCACCUCAGUUCCCACAACCUUGGAUACCAUGGUGACUUCUACAUCCAUGAUCCCAUCUACUCUGAGUACAGGUAUCCCUACCUCACAACCAACAACCAUCACUCCCUCAUCUUUGGGCAUCACUGGUUCAUUACCUAUGAUGACGGACCUUACCUCAGUUUCCCACUACCUCAGGUCCCAUGGUGACUUCCACAACCAUGACCCUAUCUUUCCUGACUACAGACAUUCCUACCACCACACUGACAACUAUCACCCAGCCUUCAGUGGGCUCUACUGUUUUCCUGACUACAGCAUCCGGCCUUACCUCAACAUUCACUGUUUCCAGUUCCUCAGCAGUGUCCGCAAGUGUCAUUCCAUCUUCCCCCAACAUCCAGAAUACAGAAACCUCAACCCUUACCAUCACACUGACUCCUACCACGAAUAUGUCCAGAGAAUCUCUCAUGACACCAAUGACUUCUACUACCCCCAUCACUUCUGCAAUCACUCCCACAAAUACAGUGACUUCUCUGACAACUAUGACUUCUCCUCCUACAACCACCAAUUCUUUUACAUCACUGACCAAAAUAGCCAAAAGUCCUACCACAAACUUGGUAACAACUGCCACCAAGGCCAUCUCACAUACUACCACCAGCUACACUUCUUCAACCAUCUACUUCACAGCCAGCACAUACACAAGUGCCAUGACCUCAGUUCCCUUGGGUACUAUGGUGACUUCUACAUCCAUGACCCCAUCUAUUCUGAGUACGAGUAUCCCUACCUCACAACCAAAAACCAUCAAUUCCUCAUCUGGGAACAUCACUGA